AUGAUUUGCCUCACGACUCUGCUCAUCACUGUCAUGGCCAUGGCGGUGAUGGGGACUCCUCUAGUCGCCCUGCCCAAUAAAGACGAAGUUCUCACCAUGGACACGUCUUCAUUUAAUCAAGCGAGUGACGGCAUGCCAACCAGCAUCUCAGGAGUUCUAGCCAUGAUUAAAGCGCAAGACCCAGACCUUUUCCCCAACAUCCUCCACGUCAUCUCUCGUGACGUGGGCACAGCCAAAGAACACGCUCUCACGCCCCGUCACAAUGAUCAAGGAGGGGUCGGACCGCCACCGCCAAACAAGUGCUGCCCUAAAGGCUACCCAUACAAAGGCACCAAGAAGCAGAAGAACAAUUUUUGGAACAUGCACCUGAGCGAAGUGCGCAGCAAGCAGAAAACAUUGCAUAAAGUCCAGAAGGCGGACCAGGCUGAUCACCGUAACGAAAUCCAAAAGUUGCGUCAAAAGCAGUUUGGUGCCUCGUCGAAGAACAAGGCAAAGUACCGCACCGCAAAGAACGGUGCUAUCGCGAAGUACCACAAGGAGAAGAUUGAAGAUAAGAAGUUGAAGGACGGAUGGCAAAAACAUAAAGUUUUUGAUAAGAAGUUACAGCAGCAGGAUAAGGCGGGGGGGAUUAAGUCGGGUGGCGGCAGCAAGGGAGGUGGCAGAAAGGGUGGGAUUAAGUCGGUUGGCGGCAGCAAGGGAGGUGGCAGAAAGGGAGGGGGGAAGAAGGCAGGGGGAAAGAAACGUCACUAA